AUGAAGUUCGCCAUCAUCCAGUUUCCCGGGUCGAAUUGCGACCACGACGCGUAUCACGCUACCAGGCACGUACUGGGGCAGCAGGCGGAGUUCGUCUGGCACAAGGAGACCCGCCUGCGGGGGGCCGACGUGGUCGUGCUGCCGGGCGGGUUCUCCUACGGGGACUAUCUGCGCACCGGGGCGAUCGCCCGGUUCUCGCCGGUGAUGCAGCGCGUUCGCGAGUUCGCCGAGGCCGGCGGGCCGGUCAUCGGCAUCUGCAACGGCUUUCAGGUGCUGCUCGAGGCCGGGUUUCUCGAAGGCGCCCUGCUGCGGAACCGGGGGUUGAAGUUCCUGUGCCGGCACGUCCACGUCCGGGUCGAGCAGACCGACACCCCGUUCAGUUGCGGGGCGUCGGUCGGGCAGGUGCUGAAGCUGCCGAUCGCGCACGGUGAGGGCAACUAUCACGCGGCGCCGGAUACGGUCGCCGCGCUCGAAGCGAACCGGCAGGUCGUCUUCCGCUACUGCUGCGCGGCGGGAACGGUGACCGACGCCGGCAAUCCCAACGGGUCGCUGAACGAGAUCGCCGGCGUGUGCAACCGGCGCCGCAACGUCGUCGGGAUCAUGCCGCAUCCCGAGCGCGCCUGCGAGUCGGCGCUCGGGAGCGAGGACGGCCGGGUGGUGCUCGAAUCGGUGGUGACGGCGAUGGCCGCGACAGGUGCCGCGUGA